CGCAGGGACCAAGGCGAAUACUCUUGGCCAAAUGACCGAGUGUGCCGUGCGAUCCUUUGAGGCCAAUGCGAAGCCCUCCACUGUGACUCGAAUACUGGGCUUUGUCACUGCGCCAUUUCCGGUGACGCAACCGGGCAACCAGCCACACCUCUGCCGCACGCGCACUUGCUACUGCUGCAUGCUUACACGCCUGUACGCACUCCUCGCCUAGCGGCGUUCCUGCAAGCUGACCAUCGACUCCCCGGCGGAAUCUACUCGGCCUCCUCUUGGGCUUGUCCUCAACACCUUCCAAGCGGCGGAGAUGCAGUAGAGCUUCAGCCGCAGCCCCGCCAGGCGUCAUACAAACACGCGUCGAUAUUGCUCCGUAAGGACGCCGCAACCGGCUUUAUUCUACCGCCUAGCCUCGCCUUUGCCCUACCUAGGUACCGUCCUUCCUAGCGUACUAUUUCAUCAUGGCCUCCAGCAGCGUUCCGGCUCUUCGACUCAACGGUUCCGUCGAGCCCACCACCAUGGACAACAAACCCUCCGUUCAGAACUUCGGGGAGCCGCAGCCGACGCCAGAGCGCCCGCCUGCAACGCGGAACGACACGAACUUCUCGAAAUUCUCCACCAUGUCGGUCCCGCCAGAAGGCUCCAUAUUGACGGGCAAGCAGGAGCAUUACCUCAAGCGCGAACUCAUCUCGCAGCAGACCAAGUUCGAAAUCUCCGAGCUCUCCUCACCUACCGCUCUCCAGCGCUUCGGCGCCCCGUUCCGUUCAGAUGCGGGCGAAGUCGCCCCCGAAGACUCGGAGCUGCCCAUCCUUCGCUACAUGUUCGUAAACCACGUCCGCAACUUUCCAUUCCUGGACAAGGCCAAGGAGAAGGAGUUCUGGCAGGAUAAGCUACAAACUUUCCUUGAGUCAUUCGCGAACAAGCAUAUCUCCUCCUCUGAGGAUCGGUUAGAGGAAACGAAGCGUAGAAAGCUUGCGCUGAAAGCGGAGAAGCUGGUGGAGCUUAUGAUGGUCUCCGGCAUCCCCACAGCCUCGGGAUACGAGGAGAGGAUACGCUUUUCAGAAAUGGAAAUCGUAGAGCGGGGCGCAAACGAGAAUGGCCUUACUAUUAAUGCGCCGAGCGGACACUUCAUCAAUGGCUGGGACGUCAACGUCGCCGGAGUGCGGACGACAUCUGUCAAGAAGCAUGUCCGGUAUCACACGCACGCAGAAUACCUGAUCAGGGUGAAGCAAUCAGGCUCACAUGAUUUCUACGUCGGGCGUCGAUAUCACGACUUCGUCCAACUACACAAGCGGAUACGCUUAGAACUUCCGGGCAAGGUCCUUCCUCCUCUACCUCGAAAGAACAAGAAGGAUUCCCUUCUGCAACCGAGCGCGGCAGACGACGAUGCCAGUUCUAUUUCCUCCAUCUCUACGCAAGAUCCAGCACCAGAUCCAUACGAAAAUGGCAAUGUAGGUGGUGGAUUACGAAGCUACAUAUUCAGCAGUCACAAGAGAAAUAGCUCCGCAACCUCAUUAAACAAGGCCCGGUCCCCGAGGGCGUCGGGCGAAAACCUAGCCUACCAGCAGCCACGACUCCUAUACCGAGAGGAGCAGCGUGUUUCUCUACGAGCCUUCCUUAGGACCUUUCUGCAGAACGAGACGAUCGCGCAUUCCAAUGCAAUGGCUGAGUUUCUCACCGGCAAUCCCAUCGAGCUGAACGAGGAGGAAAUGGAGGAUAUUGAGAGGCGAAAGGAGAUGGAUGAGAAGCGCAUCGAGGAGCAAAAGCAAUUCUACGAGGUGGCAAGACAGCGAGCGGCAGAGCUCGACAUCCACAUGGAGAAGUUCCGCCGAGAGAUAGUGGAAAGCAACGGAUUGUCGCAUCUGUUUCAGGAAAUCAGAGUCAAAAACACCAUUGCGGAACUCAAGCCGGAGUAUCAGAAGUUUGCAGAGUGGUUGCGGAUAGAGGUCGCAGCCACGAUAUAUCAUCUCUUCUUGGCCGAAGACAACUCACCGGAGCUUUUUGCGCAGGCGAAACGGAUACAUUCCCUGGUCCCAUACACCGUCUUGAAGAACGUCAUCAGGAUUGCCAAUCCUGCAGCGGUCAUGAAUGGAGUGUUGGAUCUUUUCCUCGCCCAGCCCUUCGGUGCACGUUCGCUACUCCAGCGAAUGUUCGGCAUGGCCAUCAACGACGGCGUCCGGUCCGCACAGAAAUCGAUAGAUACCCUCGGCUCGACGAAGAUAAAAGACGACGUUCUCUGCUCGAAAAUCAAGGCUUUUGUCAACUCAGACGACGAGGUUCAGGAUACAAUCCGCGCAGAAGCCGAGCAGGAGAAUGUUGAUAUUGUUGUAGCGAUACUUCGAUCCGAAUACUUCGAGCCAGAGUUAGCGCCUGAACAAGUGGAGAAGGUGUUCAACGCAUAUGUCGCCUGGAAUAGUGCGGUAGAAGGACCUAGCCGCAAGGGGUUGAGCCGAGAGCCCAGCAACUACAGCAACUACAGCAACCAUAGCGCUAUCUCGAACGGCUCCAUUCAGCUUGAAAAAGAUCUGCGGCAAGGCGCUGAGCUCUUCGCGCACCUAAAGCAGUACUUAAAGCUCUGCUUAAGACAGCGAGACAAGCUCAUGAUGCUUCAACUCAUUGAGGAGCCUACUACUCUGCAACUCUUCCGCGACCUCUUCACGAUCUUUUACGAGCCUCUCGUUCGGGUCUACAAAUCCGCCAAUGUCUACAACAGCAUCACUGAUUUCGCCAUGUUCGUCGACGACACUAUUCGGGUCAUAGAAGCCUGCCAGCGGCAAGACGUGUCCGCCGAUCCCAACCAGACCGUUCAGGCGUUCAUUGACCUCUGCGCGCGACACGAGGACAACUUCUACAAGUUCGUUCAUGAAGUACAUAUCCAUGAUAACGGGCUCUUUGAUCAGCUGAUGGGCUGGUUAGAGGGUAUCCUAGAGUUCCUUCGCCAUGGUCCUAGAGGAGGCGGGAAGCUGGAUAUGAACGCCUUGUUCCAGGGCGCGAUGGACUCCGGCACUAUAGACAAGAAGAAAGCGACCAGGGAGAUAAACUCGUUGAUUAAGUGGCAGACAGCUCGCAAGAAGUGGCACCAGGACAAGACAAGGCAAAAGAUGGCUAGUGGUGGUGGGGAGGAGCCUGGCGACUUGCUCGGAGGUAUGGGUGGGUUCAAGACGUCCGACUUUGGGCUUAAUGAGCUCGAUCUUCAAGAUCUUGAACUCGAUGACGAUGCUGACGAUGAUGAAUCCGAGAGCGAUUUGGAAGACGAAGAAAUUGCGGAUCCGAUCGCCGCUGAACGGAAACGUCGAAGUAGAGCCCAGGAGAAGCUUAGGAGAAAGGCCGGAGAACCUAGGAAGCCGCCUAUCGAGGAGAUCUGUAAAUUGCAUCCGACCUUCCUGAGCAUGCUGAGGUCGGUUCUGGCGGGGUAGAGGUCUUGUUCUCGCUGGAGACGGAAAUGUUUGGUGUGCUGCGCGCUCGGGUAGCAGAAGGUAAAAUAGGGUUUCGAGUGUAAUGGGUGGCAUUGGGUAUCGGAGUUUGACUUUUCUUGAGGCAUAUGUCAACGACGACUAGGAUCGGAUUGGCACAUUCGGGGGUAUGCUCCAAAUAAAACACAUUAUUCCACCCACUAUCUCCAUGAUAUUCCGGCUUACAGUAGGCAGUGACGUUUCGUAUCAU